AUGGAAGAGAAGUUCAUGGAGCAACAAAAAAACCCAAGUCAGCUUUCGCUUUCUGGAGUGAACGGUCUCCCCAGGGCCAGCACUAGCUCCAAAUUAUCGGAAACGUCCAGCAUAUCCUCGAAAAAAGGCCUCCCCAAGUCCAUCGCAAUGAAUGUCACCUCUGAACCUGUUUCUCCACAGCCCUCUACACCCAACGGAUCGAACGGGAUCGAUCAUGGUCCCGAAUCUGAGAUCUUCAAGAACGAAAUAGACAUCUUUGUGCACUCUGGUGCCAACUUUUGCUUUGGAAUCCUGAACCUGCUUAUUUCCAUGGUGCCCCCCGCUUUCACCAAGCUCCUUUCCAUCAUUGGCUUCCGUGGUGAUAAGGAACGCGGCCUUCAGAUGCUCUGGCAGGCCAGCAAGUUCCACAACCUUAUUGGUGCCCUAGCUGCACUAGCCCUACUGGGUUAUUACAAUGGGUUUGUCCGUUACUGCGAUAUUAUGCCCGAUCAGUCUCCUGAUGGGGACAAUUCAGAAGGCUACCCACAGGAGCGACUAGCUGAUUUAUUGGCGGAGAUGCGAUCACGGUUCCCCCACAGUCGGCUGUGGCUUCUCGAAGAGUCUCGCAUGAAGGGAGCCAACAGGGAUCUAAAGGGAGCACUGGACCUUCUCACGAAUAGCAGCAAGAGUCCGCUUAAGCAAGUUGAGGCGCUAUGCGUCUUUGAGAAGAGUUUGAAUGCUAUGUUUCUGCACGAGUAUAACGUGUGUUCGGAGUCGUUUGUUGAGGUAAGUGGUUUCUGUCAAAUCUUGUGA